GAAAUUUAUAUAAAGAAACGAAAACCCUACACAGUUUCUCAACCCCCCUCUCUCUCUCUCUAUCUCUCUCUCUCUGUAUUUCUCUGUCUCCCUUAUUCAAGCACCAAACAUGUCUGAUUCUAAUUCUACUGCUACCUCUUCUUCUGCUUCUCCUAUAUGGUUAUAUUCUUACAUCAAGCUUCGGUUUUUCAAUCGAAUCCGACGCUUCCUGCGCUCCAGAAACGCCCGCAAGCGCCCCACGCCGUCUGAUCACUGCGACACAUCGUCAUCAAGACCCGCCAAAGUUAUAAGCAAUAACAACGAAGCAACAAUGGCAGGGCCAGUUUUGGAGAAGCAGAGUGGCGAUGAUCAUGAGGAUGAUGUGUUGGGGUUGCAGAGGGCGGUGAAGAAGCUUCACUUUGGAGUUUGUUGGGAAGAGAGGGAGUUGGCGGCUAUGGAGAUUGGGACGUUGGCUAAAGAAGAUGUCAAGGUCAGGAAGUUGGUCGGUGGGCUUGGUGUUAUACCGGUUUUGGUGUCCAUGGCGGCGUCCGAGGUGGUUGCCCGGCAACGAGCGGCGGUGUCCGCCUUGAUUGAGCUUGCUAAUGGAACUUACACCAACAAGGCUCUCAUGGCGGAGGCAGGAAUAUUCUCCAAGCUACCAAAAGACAUCAACAUUCUUGAUGAGACAACAAGGCACCAAUUUGCAGAGCUGCUCUUGUUGUUGUCCUCACUUGCAAAUACCCAAUUUCCUCUGUCCUCAUUAGAAACUCUCCCAUUUCUUGUUGGCAUUAUUGAGUCAGGAACUUCAAGCAUUGAAACCAAAGAGACAUGUUUGGGUGCUUUGUACAACCUUUCCACCAUGCUGGACAAUGCAGCCAAUUUGGUCUCCAAUGGGGUGGUGGAGGCUCUGUUGAAUUUGUCCUCCAUCAAAGAGCUUUCUGAGAAAGCUCUUGCCACAUUGGGGAAUUUGGUUGUGACCCUAAUGGGAAAGAAGGCUAUGGAGAAUAGCGCGGCGGUGCCGGAGAGCUUGAUAGAGAUUUUGACAUGGGAGGAUAAACCCAAAUGCCAGGAGCUGUCUUCCUACAUUCUAAUGAUUUUAGCUCAUCAAAGCUCAGAUCAAAGAGUUAAAAUGACCAACUCAGGAAUUGUGCCUACACUUCUUGAAGUGGCCUUAUUGGGGAGCUCGUUAGCUCAAAAGAGAGCACUGAAACUAUUGCAAUGGUUCAAGGAUGAGAGGCAAGCCAAAAUGGGCCCACAUUCUGGGCCCCAGACAGCAAGAUUUGCAAUUGGGUCCCCACUUGGUUCACCUGUAAACCCAAGAGAGGCUCAACAAGGGAAGAAAAUGAUGAAGAAUUUGGUGAAGCAGAGUCUUUACAAGAACAUGGAAAUGAUAACAAGGAGGGCCAGUGCUUCUGGGGACUCAUCUAAGCUCAAGUCUCUCAUUAUCAGCACAAGCUCUAAGAGCUUGCCUUACUAAUUCAAAGACACAAGUGAAAAAAAUUACAUUUUUUGCAUAUAGCUUUAUCACAAUUGUACAUCUGAUCUGAACAAAUCUUAUCCAGAUGGGUAACAAUGAACCCUUGCAUGGGGCAAAAAGGAAUCUAGUGGCUAGUUUUUUUUUUAA